GGUGUCCAGUUGGUGAGAGAAGAGAGACAAAGCCUGGCCACGCUGUCGGCCGCAGGAUGGCAUCGGACUUUGAGGGCAUCAUGCCCAACUGGAAGGAGAUUGUCAACAAGAAGCUCAGGUUCCCCGAGGGCCUGCUGACCGCCAUCCAAGAUGGCCACCUGGUGCGCGUCCAGCAGCUUCUGCAGGUGAGCGACGGGAUCCUGCGGCAGCUGGACGAAGCUGAGGACCGGUCGUGGCGGGAGGCGCUCAACCUGGCCAUCCGGACGGGUGGCGAGGAGAUCACCAAGACCUUGCUGCGGGUGGUCAAGUUUGACUUCCGCCAGGUCCACGAGGCCCUGCUGGUGGCCGUGGACACCAACCAGCCUCACGUGGUCAAGCUGCUGCUGGACCGGCUGGACCAGGAGAAGAGCCUCAAGAUGGACAUCAAGUCCUUCUCGCUGGCCUUCUUCGACAAUGCCAUCGACAACUCCCGCUUCGCUCCUGGCGUGACGCCCCUGACCCUGGCGUGCGAGAAGGACCUCUACGAGAUUGUGGACAUGCUCCUGAAGAAGGGCCACGCCAUCCUCCCGCCCCACAAGGUCUCCUGCGCAUGCCUGGAGUGCUCCAACGGCCGCAAGUUCGACCUGCUCAAGUUCUCCCUCUCGCGCAUCAACACCUAUAAGGGCAUCGCCAGCCGGGCACACCUCUCCAUCGCCAGCGAGGACGCCAUGCUGACUGCCUUCAAGCUCAGCCGGGAACUCAAGCGCCUCUCCAAGAAGGAACCCGAGUUCAAAGUCUGUCCAUCUUUCUUGCCAGCCACACCUGUGACAUAUAGGGUUGCCAGGUCUUAGGGCUGCCUGGUCAUGGGUCUUAGGAGUCAGCUCUGUUGGCUCUCUUCUGUACAGCUGGAUGUGCAGAAACAAAAACCAAACUCUUUGGCCCACCAAAGAUGCCAACAUACAGCAAUAUCUGAGGUAUACACCCUCAGAAGUAGCUAACAGUAGGAGAGUACGGAUCCCAGGAGAAUGCCAUUGAUCACUGACAGAAGUUCAAAUCCUGCUAGUCAUUUCCAACUUGAGUAGACCCACUCAAUAACUUUUGGCUGUAGAGGACACAUUAGUGUUGGCCCUCCACAUUUGCAUCUUUGACUUUUGCA